AUGAAGGCGACCGCCUCCCACUACAGCAGUUUCUCCGGCGGCGGCUCAGGCUCGCUGUCCUCGACCAUCAAGCUCAGCAACAUCCCAGCGCCGCACGCCGGCGAGAUUGCCGUUUUGUCCUUGAACAGGCCCAAGGCUCGCAAUGCCAUCAACACCCAACUCCUCGGCGAGCUGAACAGAGUGGUCGAACAGCUACACUCUGAGGGGUCCAAGAGCAGCACCCGCGCCUUGAUCCUCGCCAGCGAGAGCGACGAUGCCUUCUGCGCGGGGGCAGAUCUCAAAGAACGUCUGACGUUCACAGAGGAAGACACGAAAGCCUUCCUCAAAUCCCUCCGCCACACCUUCACCCGCCUCUCCACCCUCCCCAUCCCCACCAUCUCCGCCAUCAGCAGCACAGCCUUCGGCGGCGGCCUCGAACUCGCCCUCUGCACCAACUUCCGCGUCAUGGCCUCCACCGCCCAAGUCGCCCUCCCAGAAACCCGCCUCGCCAUCAUCCCCGGCGCUGGAGGAACCUAUCGCCUCCCCGCCUUGAUCGGCCAAGCACGUGCCCGCGACCUCAUCCUCACGGGGCGACGCGUGAGCGGCGAAGAGGCGUAUUUCAUCGGCCUCACGGACCGCAUCGUGCAGAUCACAGAAGAGGAACAGUCAGGUGCUGGAGUCGCCAAAGGCAAAGUCCUCGAACAGGCGGUUGAAAUGGCAACAGUGAUUUGCGAGGGCGGACCCAUUGCCAUUCGGGCUGCUAUGCAGGCAGUCAGUGGAUGUUGGAAGGGUGAAGAGAGUGAGAAUGCGGCUUAUGAUCUGGUGAUUCCUACGCAAGAUCGAAUCGAGGCGCUGAGGGCUUUUGGGGAGAAGAAGAAGCCGGCUUUCAAGGGGAGGUAA